AAGAGUGAGAGUUUUCUAAGACUUUGGUCCCCUCAACAAGAUCACUAUAAAACCCCAAACAACAAUCCUUUCCAAACUCAUCUAAUCUUUUCUCUCUCUAAAAAUCUCUCCUCUGUUUCUCUCCCCUGUUUCAUCAAUUGAAACCCAUUUUUUCUCCCUUCAAAGAGACAAAAAAAAAAGAUCAUGAUGAGUGAGAAAUCAAAUCAAGAAGAAACCAACAACAUGAUUCUCACCAACCCUUUAAUCCAAAAACAACAAAAACCAAAAAAAAGAAUCCUUAACAAUCUCUCAAAAACAUUCAAAGAAAUGUCAUCAAUUUCAAACAUAGCUUUACCAAUGAUCCUAACAUGUCUCCUCUUAUAUUGUAGAUCCAUGAUUUCAAUGCUAUUUCUUGGUCACCUUGAUGAACUUGCUCUAGCAGGUGGUUCACUUGCUGUUGGAUUUGCAAACAUCACUGGUUACUCCAUUCUUUCUGGUCUUGCUGUUGGAAUGGAACCAAUUUGUGGACAAGCUUAUGGUGCCAAAAAAUUCACUCUUCUUGGUCUUUGUCUUCAAAAAACCAUUCUUUUACUCCUUCUUGUUUCAAUGCCAAUAUCAAUUUUAUGGCUUUACAUGAAAAAAAUCCUUUUGUUCUUCAACCAAGAUCAAGAAAUAGCAGAAAUGGCACAAAUUUAUAUCCUUUAUUCAAUUCCUGAUCUUAUUGCUCAAUCCAUUUUACACCCUUUAAGAAUUUACCUUAGAACACAAUCCAUAACUCUUCCACUCACACUUUGUGCUACUUUCUCAAUUUUUCUUCACAUACCCAUUAAUUAUUUUCUUGUUUUUUACCUUAAUUUGGGUGUUAAAGGUGUUGCAUUAAGUGGGGUGUGGACAAAUUUCAACCUUGUUGGUUCCUUAAUCAUCUACAUAAUUUACUCAAAAACUCAUGAAAAAACAUGGGGUGGUUUUAGUUUUGAAUGUUUUUCAAAGUGGGCCCCACUUCUCAAUUUGGCUAUACCAAGUUGUGUUUCCAUUUGUUUAGAAUGGUGGUGGUAUGAAUUCAUGACAUUGUUUUGUGGUUAUUUAAACAAUCCAAAAUCAACAGUUGCAUCAAUGGGAAUUUUGAUUCAAAUAACUUCAUUGAUGUAUAUAUUACCUCAUUCAUUAAGCAAUAGUGUUUCAACAAGAGUUGGUAACAUGAUUGGUGCACAAAAGCCUUCAAAAGCUAAACUUUCUGCAAUUGUUGGACUUUUUUUCAGCUUCUUGUGUGGCUUAUUAGCUUUAAGUUUCACUUUUUUGGUUAGAAACAUUUGGGCUACUAUGUUCACAAAUGAUAAAGAUAUUAUUUUUUUGACAUCAAUGGUUUUACCUAUUAUAGGUUUAUGUGAGGUUGGAAAUUGUCCUCAAACAACAGGUUGUGGUGUCCUUAGAGGAACAGCUAGGCCUAAAGUUGGUGCUAACAUAAACUUAGGUUGUUUUUAUCUUGUUGGUAUGCCUGUUUCUGUUUGGUUGGCAUUUUAUGGUGGAUAUGAUUUUCAAGGUCUUUGGUUUGGAUUACUUGCUGCUCAGGGAUCAUGUGCUGUUACUAUGUUCAUUGUUGUUUAUAAAACUGAUUGGAAUUUUGAAGCUUUGAAAGCAAGGAAACUUACUGGAUUGGAAACUUGUGCUUUUGUUGUUGUGGAAGAAUGUGUUCUUCAUGAUGAUCAUGAUCAUGAUCAUGAUGAUAAUCAAGAGAAAUCAUCUCUCAUGUUUGGAAAUAAUCAAGAUUGUUUCUCAUUUUGUUCUGUUUCUGAUGAAGAGUGUUUGGCUUAGUUAAUCUAUUAAUAAAGAGAAAAAAAAUAUUAUUUAA